ACCACUAAAAGAGAAAGAUGUCAAAUUCAAGCAGCAAAAGUGUUCAUAUUCUGAUGAUCCCAUUCCCAGCCUCCGGUCACAUUCUUCCUCUUCUUGACUUGACUCACCAGCUAGCCAUUAGAGGCCUUCAAAUGACCAUUUUUGUAACUCCCAAAAAUCUUCAUUAUCUAAAUCCUCUCCUUUCUCUUCAUCCCUCCAUUGAAACCCUAGUUUUACCCUUCCCUUUUCACCCUUCAAUCCCCAAUGGCGUUGAGAAUCUGCAGGAUGUCACUGUAGAUUAUUUACCUCAACUAGUUACUGCUUUGAGAGAACUCUGUGAUCCUAUUUCUCAUUGGUUUCAAACUCACUCUUCUCCUCCUGUGGCCAUCAUCUUCGAUGUUCUUAUGAGUUCGUUUGCUCAUCGUUUGGUUCCGAAUUUGGGCGUUAAACGCAUCGUGUUUUGUCCGAUUAAUGCGAACGCUUUGUCUUCUUUUUGGUCUAAUGAUAUAAGAAACAUAACCGAAUUUCAAAGGGAAACAAGAAUAAAAGACCAGCAAAGCUGGGGGUUGGUUUUUAAUUCAUUUAUUGAGCUAGAGAGCGAGAAAUUUGAUUUAUUUGUUAAAUUGUUCAUGACGCAUGAUCGUAUUUGGGGAGUGGGGCCAUUGCUACCAAUCAAAGCUGGUCCAGAACGAGGAGGGGCUAGUUCAAUCCCAACAGAGGAGGUGAUCACAUGGCUUGACUCCUGCCGCGUGGACAAUUCAGUAGUGUAUGUGGGAUUCGGAAGCCAGAUCACAUUGAACAAGAUACAAAUGGAAGCGUUAGCUGAGGCAUUGGAGAAGAGUGGAGUUAAAUUUAUAUGGGUUGUGAAAGAUCCGGUGAAAGGAGGGAAGGAUGAUGAUCAGAGUAUUGUUCCGAUUGGAUUCGAUGAUCGUGUGGCUGGGAGAGGACUCGUGAUUAGAGGGUGGGCUCCACAAUCGAUGAUACUUAAGCACCAAGCCGUUGGAUCAUACUUGACUCAUUUGGGAUGGGGCUCGGUGCUUGAGGGUCUGUUGGGAGAGGUUUUAUUGCUGGCAUGGCCAAUGCAAGCUGAUCAUUUCUUUAACGCAAAACAACUUGUGGAUGAAUUGGGUGUAGCUAUUAGAGUUUGUGAGGGAUUGAGUACGAUUCCUGACUCAACGAAUCUUGCUCAAAUCUUGAAAGAAUCGGUGAGGGAGAAUCGGCCUGAAAGAAUUUCAUUUAUGAAGCUACGAGAGAAAGCUUUAAAUGCUAUCAAAGAAGGUGGGAGUUCUUACAAGGCUUUAGAUGAUUUAGCCAGACUUAUUUCCACCUUAUGCCUUUGAUGCCGUAUUCUUUUACUUGAUAGAAAUGUGAAGUUUUCAAUAAUUCUUGAUUUGAA